AUGGAAAUGUUUGGCAGGAGGUUGUGCCAGAUCUUGGCCUUGAUGCUCUAUUGGCCUAUAUUACUCACGGCUAUGGGCCUUCGGGGUUUUACCAGCACCAUAUGUCACCCCGUUUCAGCCACAGCAGGCUAUGCAGAACCAUUGGCAUGGUCACCCUUGGCAUCUGUUCCAACACUCCAUCAGCAGGAAUUCAAUCAAUUGGAAGGAGAGUAUACUUCUGAUGGAUGCUUCAAUGUGCCUGCAUUGUCAAUUCCAAUCCCUAGCAACAUUCCCUUCUUGCCUACUGGUCACAUCACGCCAAGGACAAUCCUUACAACAAUGCAUAUGACACGAGUGCCUCUUGGUCACCACUUAAACCAUAUACAACUCUUAGUUUUAACUGUGGCAAACCAUGUCUUGAAAUCUAAAGAGCUACCCAAGGCAGCUAUGCAUGUGAGUCCUGUUGAUGUGAAAAAAGAUUGGUCAAACAUCAGAGCUAUAGAACAAUAUGACGGAAGAGGUAGGCAUCUUGAAUUAUCAAAAAAGUUGGAGAUCACUUCCUCGGCAAAGACACGUAAGAUAAAGACCUUUGAGCAGACAUAUUUGAAACACUACCCCCCUGCACAAUCAUUAUGGUCUGGACCAUCAAGGCUGUCUGAGCCAAGUCACACAGGAACAAAUGCAAUUCUACAACAGCAGGUGGGCUUAUAA